AUGGCACCCUCUUCCACAUCCUCCUCAGCACCCGCUGGCCCACGGCAAUCUUCCCACCCGGCCACCGAACCUGAACAUCAAACAACCGAAUCUGAGAAGAACACCGAAUACGCCUCCAUUAUACCUGCACCACGGCCUGACGACGACCAACAAGGCCGCCUUCAACUCCAACGCACAGUCUCAUCAGUCAGCCACCAUGACAUGGCCAAUGUGCAAUACGUCGCAACAGGUGACAACGACACCAUCUACAACAAGUUCACCCCACGGCGAAAAAUGAUCAUCGUCGCCGUCGUCUCCUUCUGCAGCUUCCUAGCCCCCAUCUCCUCGACGACUGUCCUCUCCGCCGUUCCGGAAGUAGCAAAGACCUUUUCCACAGACGGCUCCAUCAUCAACGUCUCAAAUGCCUUGUACAUGCUCUUCAUGGGCCUAUCCCCCUGUUUCUACGGCCCUUACGGAAACAUCUACGGCCGGAAGUGGGUGAGCGUAGCAAGUGCAGCGUUAUUUACCGCAUUCAGCAUCGGCACGGCGCUAAGCCCCAACCUCGCUGCCUUCUUCGUCUUUAGGAUCCUGACCGCGUUCCAAGGCACCGCCUUCCUCGUCAUCGGAUCAGCAGUCAUAGGCGACAUUUACAAGCCGACCGAGCGCGCAACAGCGCUAGGUUGGUUCCUCUCCGGCACGCUGAUCGGGCCCGCGCUGGGCCCGUUCAUCGGUGGCAUCAUCGUCACGUUCCGCUCGUGGCGCGACAUCUUCUGGCUGCAGACGGCGCUCGCCGGUGCCGCGACGCUGUUUUGUGCCUUCCUCCAGCCCGAAACCAUACACAAGAAGCGCGCCGACGAGCUCGCGGGUCUGCCUGCAAAGCAGCGCGCAAGCAAAAUGUGGGCGUGGCUCAACCCCUUCCGCGUCGUGAGAUUAUAUCGGUACCCGAAUAUUCUCCUCACGGCCCUCGCGUCCGCGAGCUUGGUUUGGAACAUGUACAGCCUGCUCACGCCCAUCCGGUACGUGCUCAAUCCAAGGUUUGACCUGCAGUCUCCCUUGCAAUCGGGACUCUUCUACAUCGCGCCCGGCUGCGGAUACCUCCUUGGCACCUUCUUCGGCGGCCGCUACGCAGACCACGUGGUGAAGAAGUAUAUUCGGAAGCGGGGCCACCGCGUGUCAGAAGACCGUCUGCGGUCUUGCGUCUUCUUCCUCGGGGGCGUCAUACCCGCUUGUAUGAUUGUGUACGGGUGGAGUGUUGAAAAGCGCGUUGGCGGUGUUGCGCUCCCCGUCAUCAUGAUGUUCCUCCAGGGCGUGGCGCAAUUGUUUUGCUUUCCUAGUCUCAAUACGUACUGCUUGGAUGUUAUGCAAGGGAGGAGCGCAGAGGUGGUUGCGGGGAAUUACUUUAUGCGCUACAUGUUUGCGGCGGCGGGGUCGGCGUCCGUCUUCGUUGAGGCGCAUGCCGCUCCGCUGCAUAAGCCCGCCUCGCGCCCGCCGAUACCCGAGGCGCAAAACCCAGUCAUACCCGGGCUCCCACCCAUCAGAUUUUCCUGCGCCAUCCGUUCGUCGUACCACCCUAUCAAUUACCAUUUAUUGUUCAUCGUCACAAUGGACGAUUCCAAUCCGAGCACUGGCCAACAGGAUGCUAAUUCGAGCUCUGGGUCAAGCAAGAAGCGGACCCACCCCGAAGACUUCAAGCGCGCAUACAAGGCUUGCAUCAAUUGCCGGCAGCGCAAGGCAAAAUGCAUCUUGGGUACCGGGCCAGAUGGAGGCGAGCUAAAGCCGCCGUGUCAGAGAUGCAAGCGCGAGAUGCGCGAGUGCAUUUUCAGGUCGGAGAGGAGUUGGGUCAAGAGGAGGAAACCGGGGGAAGCAGCAAGGGAGGGUGAGGAUGAGGAGGAGGCUACCAGUGGCGGUGGUGGUACUACGUCGGCGUCUGCGACGCGCGAUCGACCUCAGUCGAAUCCCGCACCGCUGCCGUCACCGGGCCAUAGAUCGUCUAUAUCGACGCAUGGGUUCACGCCGGGUACUAGUCCACAUGUCAAUGGCUCGAAUCGUUCCGAGUUCCAUUCUCCUCAUGGACACCUACGGAGGAUCUCGUCGUCCCAUGGCCAGCCAGACCUUGCGCAUUCGGUGAUGCGAACGGUGGUAUCGAGCGGGAGCGAUGCACUGAAUCUAUUGUUUGAAGCCGCGCAUCAUCGCGAUGCUAUCGACAAUCAAGAACAGUCGGGAUCACAAGCAUAUGAAACACCCAGGUCAGGUCCAUCAGGCUACGACAAUGGCGUUCCGUCGUCGCCGUUCCACACCUUCAGAGCACAGCCGGUGCAGAUGUCGACGCCGUCACCGGAGACGCUGAAGACGUGGACAUCGUGUCGAUUUGUGCAGAUGGGCUGGUUCUCCGCACACGAGGCAGUGACAUAUGUCGAUUUGUUCUUCAAGAACUGCUCGCCGUUGUCGCCAAUACUAGGGGAGUUCUACGCGCAUCACGAAAAUCACUAUACACUGAUCGCGCUGGAUCCUUUCCUGUGCACUACUAUACUGAUGAUCUCGUCGAGGUACAAUAUCCUUCCUGGCGUGGGCGGCGCUUCGAGAGGCUACUUUGUGCAUGAUAGGCUUUGGGAGCAGUGUCAGCGCUUCAUCAUGAAGAUCAUGCUCGGACAGGUUAAGCCAUCCAAAGCGCAGAGUAGGACCAUUGGGUCGAUAGAAGCUCUGCUCCUGCUAUCGGAGUGGCAUCCUCGAGCGCUACAUUUCCCUACCGCCGCUGAUGGCUGGGAUUGUGAACUUAUGAUUGGCGCAAAUAAUACCACAGAAGAAGGCGCAAAGCUGUUAGAAGGGGAUGUGACAUCGAACAGAUGGCUUGAAGAUGUUAUUGAGCCCGCGAAACGCUCAGACCGUAUGUCAUGGAUGUUGAUGGGUUGCGCAUUAUCAUUAGCACAAGAGCUGGGACUAUUCGAGGACAAUGCGAGAAUAGACAAGGACCAGGUGUCGUACCCAAAGUUCACCACGGAAUACCUUAUCCUCCGAAGGAUCCGAGCUCGGAAGCUGCUAUACGUGCUACUCGAACAACUUUCAUGGAGACUAGGCUGCACAUCGAUGAUACCACAGAGCUUAAACCAUGCUUUAAUGGAGAAGAUACCUGUUGACUCUGCGACGGGCGCUGUAGAGCAAUGGCAGUCCUUUAUGAGCGCAUGGGUCGAGCUCACCAAACUCGCCCGGUCAAUCUCCGAUACCAUCUAUCCAAAUACAGCCACAACACGAAGCUUACUACGCACCGGUCGCUACAUAGGCUUGCUCGAGCACUUCCAACCACUGCUAGUAUCGUGGAGGAAAAAGUACCUCGACCCCUGCAAGCUCAAAGUUGGUCUGCACGAUAUGCUCCACAUUGAAUACCAAUACGUUCGUAUCUACACGAACUCGCUUGGCAUGCAGGCAGUCGUCGAACGCACACUCGCGGAGACAGAUCCCGAUGUGCCACAGGAGGAUAAUCUGCCUUUUAACCUCGAACCGCGGGACUACGAUUUCAUCCAAGAGGUUGUGGAUGGAAGUUGCCAGAUACUACAAAAAGUCUGUCAGCUAUCCGAGACAGGAGCGCUGCGUUACUCACCCGUACGAAUCUUCCUCAGGAUAACUACGAGUUCAAUCUACCUAAUCAAAGGCUUGAGUCUGGGAUCAAGAAACGCAAAGUUGCAGAGUUGUCUGGAUAUCCUAGAUGCGGCUAUCCGGGCUCUUCGCGCAAGCACCCUAGACGAUAUGCACCUAGCUUCCCGCUACGCAACCCUCCUCGACCUCCACGUCGCUCGCCUCCGCGAAUCCUUUGUCGUCUCCUCUCGUCCCCCUCGCCUACCUUCGCGCGCCACAUCAACCACCCACAACGCAUCCUCCAACAAUAGCAAUCUCUCUUCCCACACUCCAUCCGCUGCAACAGAGGGCAUGGCCUUCUUGAAUAACCACAAUGCAGGCCAAAGCAGUUUAUCAAGCUUAGCGGAAAAUGUCACCGGGUUGAUGCCGGAUAUGCCGGAUGAUGAUUGGUUGGCGCUGCCUUUUGACCCGGCGAUGGCGCCGUUCGGAUUGGGGGAUGGUGGAGUGGGGGGUAAUGGAGGGUUUCAGGGAUUUGACGAUGGUACGCUGGACUUCAUAUGGAAUUUGCCCAUGUAG